CGGGGCAUUUGCAUUGCAUUUGCCAAUACAGUUGGCGACUCGCACAGUACUGCCAGUACCGCCAUGGAUCGCGAGAGAUCGCAGAUCAUCUAUGCCCUCGUUAUCCGGAACCAAAAGGUGGUCCUGGCCGAGUACACCGCUCUGGCAGGGAACUUCCAGCAGGCCACCAUGCAGAUCUUGCAGAAGUUGGAGAGCUCAAUUGAAUGGAAGAGUUACAUCUAUGGUGACUACGCCUUCCACUACAUCGUGGACCAGACGUCGAAUUUGUGGUUCGUUUGCAUGGCGGAGCGUGCGCUGAUGCGCAGGGUCCCUUUUGCCUUCCUUCAAGCCGUACAGGAAACCUUCAUGCAGAAGUACACCAAGGAGCAGGUGGAGAGUGCCAUCGCCUACGGCAUGCAGAGCGACUUCCGGGACGAGUUGCAGCACCUCUUGGAACGUUACAACUCUCCAGAUGUGGACCGUGUAGCGGCGAUGAUGACCAAGGUGCAACAUAUCAACGACCAUCUGAUGGAAAGUAUCGACAAAAUCAUGGAGAGGCAAGAGAAGAUCGAGCUUUUGGUGAGCCGCAGCCAGGUGCUAAGCGAGUCUGCCAGUUCCUUCCGCAGAGAUGCCGAACAGCUGAGACGCCUGGUCUGGUGGGGCAACGUGAAGAAAGUUCUCAUCAUGGGCCUCAUUGUGGUGCUAGUGAUCCUGGUGAUCGCUAUGCUCUCCUGCGGCAUCACCUUUUCCAAAUGUCGCUGAGCUGCUGAGAGGCACAGAGAACGGCACUGAUGCCGUUCGUUUCAAAGGAGCUGAAGGAAAACA